GCAGAGCAUGGAAUCAAUAGGAGCUUCUCCUUAGGGAGCUGCUGUGAAACAGGCAAGGACAGUAGGAAUUAAAACACUAACAUAUAGUCUUGUUUUAGCAGAAGAUGUAGGGUUUUUGUAUCAUAUCCUAUAUAAAUUUUCAACCAGAAAAGCCAGAGUUAGAUCAACAUUACUGUCUUACUGAUGUAUUAGAACAAGAAGCAAUACUGCUGAGCUGUAAAUAGUGCAUGUGAAAAGAGAACAUUUUAAUUUUGGAGAUUUUCAGGCAUUCUCCAGGACAAACCUGUUAGAGCAUAUCUAUCUUUUAAGUACCAUUUGCUUGCUCAUCGGUUGAUUUUUCUUUUUUUAAACCUUUGGUGAUUAAGAAUAUCAAGAAGAAACUUUCAUUUUAAGGAUACAGUGAUCUGGUUUGCUUCUGAUGCAGAAGAAAUACUGCAGUGCUUGCUCUACAGAAUGAAAUAAGUUGAAGAAGAGACAAAGCGAUGUUACAGAGAGGAAAGGUUUCUCAGGAUCCAGGAACACAGAUUUGGUGCAUGUUGCCUUAUUUGCGCUGAUAGAUACCGUAUUAACUGUUGUGUUACCGCUGUGCAUGUCUGUGCCAGGUGCCUGAGGAAGCAUGUGUAUGUCUGUAUGUACUGAGCCAGAAAUGUAAACAUCUUAAUUUGCUGUGAUUUGCUUGUUAAAAGUGAACCUUGUGAUGAAAACUGUUGCAGUUAUUUAGAACAAUACUCUGAGCUACUGAAAGCUCCUAAUUUCAGUGUGAAAGGGAUUUGGAGAUCUGGGAUCUGCCUUUAUAUAACACUGCAAAUGGCGUAUGAUUUGUAAAAAGAAACUUAACAGAAUUUUGUCAUCAUACUCAUCUGUGUGGCUCUGGUUUGAAAAGGAAACUACCCUUUCCAGCCCAGGAAAUGGCUUUUCUUGUUCGCUGUUAUGCCAAUUGUCUUCAGCCAUGGGCCUCCAAACUUCCAGCCGAUCUUACCAAGAUGCACAUCACAGACAACCCUCAUCCACAGGUGACUCACGUGUCUUCUAGUCAGUCUGGUUGUAGUAUCGCCAGUGACUCUGGGAGCAGCAGUUUAUCUGAUAUCUACCAGGCUACAGAAAGUGAGGUAGGAGAUGUAGAUUUAACACGUCUUCCAGAAGGACCUGUUGAUUCUGAAGAUGAGGAAGAGGAAGAUGAAGAGAUUGAUCGAACAGAUCCACUACAGGGGCGAGAUCUUGUUCGAGAAUGUCUUGAGAAAGAACCUGCAGACAAAACUGAUGAUGACAUUGAACAGUUACUGGAGUUUAUGCACCAGCUCCCUGCUUUUGCAAACAUGACCAUGUCUGUAAGGAGAGAACUCUGCUCAGUAAUGAUUUUUGAAGUGGUAGAGCAGGCCGGAGCUGUUAUUCUGGAAGAUGGGCAAGAGCUUGACUCAUGGUAUGUUAUUUUAAACGGCACUGUAGAAAUCACUCAUCCAGAUGGAAAAGUUGAAAAUCUCUUUAUGGGAAAUAGUUUUGGAAUUACUCCCACUCUGGAUAAGCAGUAUAUGCAUGGAGUUGUUAGGACUAAAGUAGAUGAUUGUCAGUUUGUCUGCAUAGCCCAGCAGGAUUAUUGGAGAAUUUUAAAUCAUGUGGAGAAAAACACCCAUAAAGUUGAGGAAGAGGGAGAAAUUGUUAUGGUGCAUGAACACCGUGAACUAGAUCGGAGCGGAACCAGGAAAGGACACAUUGUAAUCAAGGCAACACCUGAACGUCUCAUCAUGCAUUUAAUAGAAGAGCAUUCCAUCGUGGACCCAACUUAUAUAGAAGAUUUCCUACUAACUUACAGAACAUUUCUUCAGAGUCCUUUGGAUGUUGGGAUCAAACUGUUGGAAUGGUUUAAAAUUGACAGCUUAAGGGAUAAGGUAACACGGAUUGUGUUAUUAUGGGUAAACAAUCACUUUAAUGAUUUUGAAGGUGAUCCUGCUAUGACUCGAUUUCUGGAGGAAUUUGAAAAAAAUCUGGAAGAUACAAAAAUGAAUGGUCAUCUCCGGUUAUUGAAUAUUGCCUGUGCUGCAAAGGCCAAGUGGAGGCAGGUUGUGCUGCAAAAGGCUUCCCGGGAGUCCCCUCUGCAUUUCAGCCUCAAUGGAGGAAGUGAGAAGGGAUUUGGUAUUUUUGUUGAAGGAGUAGAACCCAGUAGCAAAGCUGCUGAUGCGGGACUGAAACGUGGUGAUCAGAUAAUGGAAGUAAAUGGACAAAACUUUGAGAACAUUACAUUUGUGAAGGCCGUUGAAAUUUUAAGGAAUAAUACUCACCUUGCACUUACUGUGAAGACCAACAUUUUUGUGUUCAAAGAGUUACUUAGUAGGACUGAACAAGAAAAAUAUGGUGUUCCUCAUAUUCCUAAAAUUGCUGAAAAAAAAAGUAAUCGCCAUUCAAUCCAGGAUGUACCAGGAGAUAUCGAACAGACAUCACAGGAGAAAGGAAAUAAGAAAAUAAAAGCAAAUACUGUUUCAGGUGGAAGAAACAAAAUCAGGAAAAUUUUGGAUAAAACACGGUUUAGUAUCCUGCCUCCAAAACUGUUCAGGAGACUGUUUUGUGAUGGAGGCCUGAGCCAGUCGCAAGAUGACAGCAUUGUGGGAACAAGACACUGCAGGCACAGUCUGGCUAUAAUGCCUAUUCCUGGAACACUCUCUUCCAGCAGCCCUGAUCUCCUGCAGCCUACCACCAGCAUGUUGGAUUUUUCUAAUCCUUCAGCUGUUGGUUUUUACUAUAUUCCUGAUCAAGUUAUAAGAGUUUUCAAAGCAGAUCAACAAAGUUGCUACAUUAUCAUCAGUAAAGACACUACAGCUAAAGAAGUUGUUUGUCAUGCUGUUCAUGAAUUUGGUUUGACUGGUGCGUCUGACACAUAUUCUCUCUGUGAAGUUUCUGUUACUCCUGAGGGUGUCAUAAAACAGAGAAGACUUCCGGACCAGUUCUCCAAGUUAGCUGAUAGAAUUCAGCUCAAUGGAAGGUAUUAUUUAAAAAAUAACAUGGAAACAGAAACUUUAUGUUCAGAUGAAGAUGCCCAAGAACUAGUUAAAGAAAGCCAACUGUCCAUGCUGCAGCUCAGUACCAUUGAGGUGGCCACUCAGCUAUCAAUGAGGGACUUUGAUUUGUUUCGUAAUAUUGAGCCUACUGAAUACAUCGAUGACCUUUUUAAGUUAGAUUCCAAAACAGGAAAUACUCACUUGAAAGAGUUUGAGGACAUUGUUAACCAGGAGACAUUCUGGGUUGCUUCAGAGAUUUUAACUGAACCAAAUCAGCUCAAACGAAUGAAGAUUAUUAAGCAUUUUAUUAAAAUUGCACUUCAUUGUAGAGAAUGUAAGAACUUCAAUUCCAUGUUUGCAAUAAUAAGUGGCUUGAACCUGGCAUCUGUAGCACGACUCAGAGGUACUUGGGAAAAAUUACCAAGCAAGUAUGAGAAACACCUCCAGGAUCUACAAGACCUUUUUGAUCCAUCUAGAAACAUGGCAAAAUAUAGAAAUAUUCUUAGUAGUCAAAGCAUGCAGCCUCCAAUUAUUCCACUCUUCCCUGUUGUCAAGAAAGAUAUGACAUUUCUACAUGAAGGGAAUGACUCCAAAGUAGAUGGUUUAGUGAAUUUUGAGAAGCUAAGAAUGAUUGCCAAGGAAAUCCGUCAAGUUGUUCGAAUGACUUCUGCUAACAUGGACCCAGCUAUGAUGUUUCGACAGAGGAAGAAGAGGUGGCGGAGUCUGGGGUCAUUGAGUCAAGGCAGCACAAACUCUAACAUGCUAGAUGUUCAAGGAGGUGCUCACAAGAAAAGGGCACGCCGCAGCUCUCUGCUCAACGCCAAGAAGCUAUACGAGGAUGCCCAAAUGGCAAGAAAAGUGAAGCAGUAUCUUUCCAGUCUGGAUGUAGACACAGAUGAGGAAAAGUUUCAGAUGAUGUCAUUGCAGUGGGAGCCUGCCUAUGGUACCUUGACUAAGAAUUUCAAUGAGAAAAGAUCGGCCAAGUCAUCAGAAAUGUCUCCAGUGCCUAUGAGAUCAGCGGGCCAAACAGCUAAAGCACAUUUGCAUCAGCCUCACAGAGUGAGCCAGGCACUCCAAGUGCCAGCUGUUAAUUUGCACCCCAUCAGGAAGAAGGGACAAGCAAAAGACCCCGCCACAUUAUGUACAAAUUUACCUCAGAAAGUUUUAGGGACAACUGAAGAAAUAAUUGGUAAGAAACAUCCAGAAGAUACGAUCUCUGUGGCGUCAUCCUUACAUUCUAGUCCUCCUGCAUCUCCUCAAGGCUCUCCUCGCAAAGGUUGUACACUUAUGCCAUCAACUAAAUCUGACAACUUGUCUGACUCCAGCCAUAGCGAAAUUUCUUCACGAUCCAGCAUCGUGAGCAAUUGUUCUGUUGACUCCAUGUCUACAGCGCUACAGGAUGAACGGUGUUCUUCACAUGCUAUGGCGGUCCCUGAAUCCACUGGACCAUUGGAAAAAACAGAAAACACCUCAGGGAUAGGAGACCAUAGUCAGCUGGGCCCUGGGUGGACACUGUCAAAGCCAUCUCUAGUCAAGAAUUUAGCUGUGUCAUCUUCUAUGAGUAAUGAAGAGAUUUCUCAUGAACAUAUCAUUUUAGAAGCAGCCGAUAGUGGUCGUGGAAGCUGGACUUCCUGUUCAAGCAGCUCCCAUGACAACUUCCAAAGCCUUCCAAACCCAAAAGGCUGGGAUUUUUUGAACUCUUACCGACAGACCCAUUUGGAUGGCCCCAUUGUUGAAGUUGAACCCCCUGACUGUGAGCCCUAUUCCUGUCCUAAAGGCUGCUCCCGAACUUGUGGUCAAUGUAAAGGAAGCCUAGAGACUAAUCAGAUGAGACAGAGUUGGGCCUCCUCCAGUUCUCUGUCUGACACAUAUGAACCAAACUAUGGGACAGUUAAAAGGAGAGUGUUGGAGAGCACCCCACUUGAGUCCUCUGAAGGCUUGGACCCCAAGGAUGGCACUGACCCAGUUUAUAAAACUGUUACUUCAAGUACAGAAAAGGGCUUGAUUGUGUACUGUGUCACCUCACCCAAGAAGGAGGAUAGGUAUAGGGAGCCACCUCCCACUCCUCCAGGAUACAUGGGCAUUUCUUUAGCGGACCUAAAGGAAGGACCCCACCUACACCUAAGACCUCCAGAUUAUAGUGUGGCAGUGCAGAGGUCAAAGAUGAUGCAUAACAGCCUCUCUAGACUUCCACCAGCUUCUCUCGGUAGCAGCCCCGUGGCCUGUGUUCCAUCGAAGAUUGUAACUCAGCCUCAGAGGCAUAUUUUGCAACCAUCCCAUCCUAAACUAGCAGAUGUGACUGACGCAGAUAGCGAAACAGAUGAAAAUGAACAGGUCUCAGCAGUCUAGACUUUGGAGCACCCGUUUGAAGUUUACUUAAAGUCGUCGGGGAAGGAGUGGGUAGAACCACAUCAUGAUUCCGCAGGCCAUUGCCAACAAAAAGCUUGCUGCUGCUGCUGCUAAUCCAGAGGUUUCAUUCCCCGUACCCUGAGCAAUGAAAUAGCCCUGAGUUAUGCUUCCUUUUAUUUAAUCCUUGUAGUUGCAUAGUUUCUUCAGCUAUGGAUAUUGUGCCUGGAAACCAGUCUUCACUUCACACACCAGACCUGCCUUGGGACCACAGUUACUAGAACAGAUUCAAACUCAGAGUCCUCCCUGUGUAUAUCAGAUUUUUCUUGAAGAAGUUAUUUUUAAGAGAGUAGUGGUAGUAUUUCCAAGCCAUAGCUUGGGUUAAUGGACAAAUUGAAAAUGUCUGCCAAUACCAAGGAUACUCUUGUGUAUUUGAAAAGUAACUUAUUAUUUCAAGUUUUGUGGUUUUCUUUGUAUUGGGGAGCUACCAUUAGUGGAUGUUUAUGUUUUAGGCCAUAAAACUGUCUCUGGUCUGAACAAACUGAAGUCAUCUUUGCAGGAUGAUAUGCUUAAUGUAUACAGAGAUGAACUUGAUCUGUUGCACCAGUGCAAUGUAGGGUCUCCGUUUGAGUGGGGAAGGAAGCCGUGUUUGGUUGAGGUGUUAGGAGGGAAGAUACUGCCAUCUGCUGAUUUGGAAGGCCAAAUGAAGCUGCCACAGGGUUUCUUACCAGUCCUUUGGGAAAGGGAGGCUAUAAUUAGGUCGGUAGCCACCCUCAUCUCUAAAGAAUGAAGUUUUCCUUAAACAUGUAUACCAACCCUUUUUGAAGUGAAUGUCGUGCUGCAUCUACCUAAAAGUAUAAAUCCAGUAAGUAGGGAAUGGGUUCUAGAGAGUUCUGCAGAAACCCAAAACAAAAAUUUUUAAAUGCUCAAAUAAUGGAGUUCUUUUUUUAAGAAGGAAGUGCAAUCAUUGGUGUGUAAUCAUGGAGAUGAAUUAAGCUUUAUGUAAUGUUCUGCAACAUCCCCUCCACUCAAUCUCACAGCAUGAGGCUGUGUUCAUAAACCUUGCGGCCCCCAGCUGCCUGCAACACAGCUCAUUAGUGUACCAAGGUAUUAAUUGGUUGAAAAUUUUAGGGGGGACAGAGGAGCUAGAAUUAAGGGAAUGGUUCUCUCUUGGCUCUCAGUUUAAGCCCUUGAGAGGAAAGAGACCUAUGUUUUAACAGUCUGUUGGGCAUGGCGCUCCUUAACUGUUUAGUUAAAAUUUCCGUGACUGUUUACUGGGCGACCUAGACCUUACACAUUUUUACAAAUUACAUACGGUGUUUUCUAUAUCUUAAGUUUAAAUUUAAUCAUGUUUUAAAAAUGUAAAUGCAGGUGAGAGCUUCAUUAACUUCUAUGACUACCAAAAAAAAAAAAAAAAAAAAAAAAAAAAAAAAAGCCAAAGCCAUUCAUGUGCACUACCCAGAUCAACUUGGAGCCAAAAUGGGUUUACUUCUGAGUACUAGUUGUCUAUAUGUGAAUUUAUAGGAUUUAGCUGGUUUGUGAUUUCCUUUUCAAGACUGUGUUUCCUCUUUUUUUCCUAGCUGUCUCUUCUCUCUCUCCUUCCCUGUACCCCCCCACCCCAACCCUUGGUUUUUGUUGUUGUUGUUGUUAAGUAGGCUUCAUGCCCUGUGUGGAAUUUGAACUGUUGACCCUGAGGUUGAGUCACAUGCUCUACUGACUGAGCCAGUUAGGCGCCUCUCCCACCCUAGUCCCCUUUGUUUUAAAAUCAUGAAUCAUUUCCAAGUGGUAAGUGGCAGUGGUCUGUCUUUUCUGCCAAAAUGAUUGUCUCUUCAUUUUAGGAAAAACAGCCUAUCUGAAAACUUCCUUUGGGCCAAAAACAAAAAAAACAAAACAAAAAAAUGUCAAUCUGAAACUGAAAGCCUUAAAAACCUGCCCACCACCCCAACCCACCAGGUAUGUCAGAAUGAGGCUAAUUGGCUCUCUAGCUUUCUUGGUCUGUUGAAAUGGAAAAUGGCCUGGAUCAAAAAUCCUGGUUUAAAAGUCACACUGUAGUGAUUUAACCUAUAAAUACUGGUCCUUUGAUCACAAAAAAUGUUCCUUCACUGAUUUACGCAGUAUUGUUUUCGUGUCCAGAGCCAAACAAAGAAAAUGAAAGAUACUUUUGUUAGUCAUUUUUUUUUGUCAAGUUUGAGUAUUUAUUCUAUUUUAUAUCCAUUUCCCCAGAAAAAAAAAUGUGCUGUUUGUAAAAUAUCUGUUUAUUUGCAAGUGUUUGAAAUCAUAUGGGAGCCUUACCUGUCUUUGUCCUUAAUGGUGUCAAUAAUAUCUUGCACAGAGAGUCAGAGGCUGUGCUUUGGGACUGCACCUUGUAGCUGACUUUGUCUGUCUGGCUCCAGCUGUGAGUGUUUGAGUCAGCCAAUCACAGUGAUCAGGAACUAAAGCCAAAUGCUUUGUAUGUGGUAUGUGUGUAUCUCCUAAGAACUCGUGGAGUUUGGAUUUUUACAUUUUAAUUUUAAUUUAGGGAACACUUCUGCCUUCUCUUAGUUUGUUACAUGACUAGAACAAGAGAAGCCUUAACCUGUAUUUCCUCCAGUUCUCAAUCCCCAUUUGUUUUUGUUUUUAUUUUAAAAUUUUAAUGAGACUAGUGCCCUCAUCCCACCUCAACUCUAAAUCUGUCGGGACUUAAUGAAGUAGUAAAUCCUCAGUGCAAAGUUUCUAUCAAAUAAGUUUCAACAAAACAGUUUCUUCAUAAUGAAAGAUUUGAACAAUGAAUAAAUCCAGUAUAUACUUCCAUAAAAGUUUAUCUUAAGUCGUAGAUUCUUAUUUCCUCCAAAUGAUUACUAUGAAUCUGAUCUUUGGGGAGAAAAAGACUUAACUGUUUUUUCAUGAGGGUGAUAAGUCACACUUUCGUCAUCUGUAUAACCUCCUUGAGAAUCUCCCAGGCCGGGAAAUGAGGCAGUAAUUAUGAGGAUUCCCAAGAACAAACCUAAUUUUUACAAAGUGUUCUCUUCUCUAUAAAAAGAAGGAGAGAAAGAGUUUCUUUGUGUAUUUAAAACAAUUAUUGUUAUUCUGAUACAUUUUAAGUUUCUAAAAAAUGUGAUAUUAAAGUAGAUGUAUCCCGUUGGCAGUACCUUAAAGGCCAGAAAAAAGGGAUAAAUCUUCAAAAAAGUGUCACAGUACAUUUUCAAAUUUAAACUUGAACUCCAGUUCAUCUUCAGCUUUUGUUGUGCUUUUUUAAGGCUUCUUUAUUUUUGAUACACAGAAUGCAGUUGUACUUGACCUUUUGAAAUAGAAACAUGUGAGCUUAUCAGAAAAAGACAAAACAAAACUGCACAGUUGUAAUAACCGAAUGCAAUUAUACUGCACAAUUCAGUGAUUGUAAAGUAUCCUGUAAUGAGCAAUGUUUGUCUCCUAUUUUUUGAUACCUCUUAAACUUAUGUCUUUUAGAAAGACAGUGCCUCUGUAUGCUUUUUGUAUUUUUACUGAGUGUAAAUAUUUGUUAUAUUUUUGGUUAAGAGAAUGUAAAAGUACUGUUUAUUAUUAUCAUAUCUACUAAUACAUUGGUGGAAUCAAUAAAGAAUCUACAUUAACCUUC